GGGGGGUUGGUGGUUAAGUCUACUAUGGAAAAAUCCAUAUCUUCUAAUUAGUCAAGUAAAAUGCCUGAACUUGUGAUAUUUUUUUCUUCUUUCUCAUGUCUUCCUAGCACCUUCAAAGUAGCAAGGCUUUUGUCAUUAUUCCUAGGAAGAUAUAUAUUUACGAGUUCAAACCUCAGUGGCAGUAAGUUCGCAAUCUGCAGUCACAUGCGCAUAACUUAUGUCAUAAGCAACUUUUCAUAGGCUUGGCAACUCCACUUAGUUUUCAACUGUUGGGUCGUUAAUGCUUCAGAUAGAAAAGGAAGCCAUGGAGUUGUCGUUGCAGUAGUUGUACCUGUUAACCUGUAGAUUAUGUUAUGGCAUAUGUGGCUAGAAGCAUUUAUAUUUUUGAGAUGUGGCAUUUUGUUUCUUGUGAUUAAUGAUCAUCGAUUCUGCAGGAUAAUGUCUUUGUUCAAAUGCUUUGCUCCAUUCAAUAUCGUGUAGUUAAGGAAAAUGCUGAUGAUGCAUUUUAUGAGUUGCAGAACCCAAAGGAGCAGAUUCAGGCUUAUGUCUUUGAUGAUAGAAAAGGAAGCCAUGGAGUUGUCGUUGCAGUAGUUGUACCUGAUAAUGUCUUUGUUCAAAUGCUUUGCUCCAUUCAAUAUCGUGUAGUUAAGGAAAAUGCUGAUGAUGCAUUUUAUGAGUUGCAGAACCCAAAGGAGCAGAUUCAGGCUUAUGUCUUUGAUGUGGUUCGAGCUCAUGUUCCAAAAAUGACUUUGGAUGAGCUUUUUGAGCAGAAGGGUGAUGUUGCUAAAGCUGUACUGGAGGAACUUGAGAAGGUUAUGGGAGCAUAUGGAUACAACAUAGAGCACAUAUUGAUGGUUGACAUCAUACCUGAUUCUUCUGUGCGCAAAGCAAUGAAUGAGAUAAAUGCAGCUCAAAGGCUUCAGCUUGCUAGUGUAUACAAAGGGGAAGCAGAGAAGGUGCUGCAAGUUAAAAAGGCAGAAGCUGAAGCUGAGGCCAAGUACCUAGGUGGCGUUGGCGUUGCCAGGCAGAGGCAGGCAAUAACAGAUGGCUUGCGAGAGAACAUCUUGAACUUCUCUCACAAGGUGGAGGGCGCCUCAGCCAAGGAGGUGAUGGAUCUCAUCAUGAUCACCCAGUACUUCGACACAAUCAAAGACCUCGGGAACUCAUCAAAGAACACUACCGUUUUCCUACCCCAUGGUCCAGGUCAUGUUCGUGAUAUCAGUGAUCAGAUACGCAAUGGGUUGAUGGAGGCAUCCAGUGCUCAGGAUAAUGUCUUUGUUCAAAUGCUUUGCUCCAUUCAAUAUCGUGUAGUUAAGGAAAAUGCUGAUGAUGCAUUUUAUGAGUUGCAGAACCCAAAGGAGCAGAUUCAGGCUUAUGUCUUUGAUGUGGUUCGAGCUCAUGUUCCAAAAAUGACUUUGGAUGAGCUUUUUGAGCAGAAGGGUGAUGUUGCUAAAGCUGUACUGGAGGAACUUGAGAAGGUUAUGGGAGCAUAUGGAUACAACAUAGAGCACAUAUUGAUGGUUGACAUCAUACCUGAUUCUUCUGUGCGCAAAGCAAUGAAUGAGAUAAAUGCAGCUCAAAGGCUUCAGCUUGCUAGUGUAUACAAAGGGGAAGCAGAGAAGGUGCUGCAAGUUAAAAAGGCAGAAGCUGAAGCUGAGGCCAAGUACCUAGGUGGCGUUGGCGUUGCCAGGCAGAGGCAGGCAAUAACAGAUGGCUUGCGAGAGAACAUCUUGAACUUCUCUCACAAGGUGGAGGGCGCCUCAGCCAAGGAGGUGAUGGAUCUCAUCAUGAUCACCCAGUACUUCGACACAAUCAAAGACCUCGGGAACUCAUCAAAGAACACUACCGUUUUCCUACCCCAUGGUCCAGGUCAUGUUCGUGAUAUCAGUGAUCAGAUACGCAAUGGGUUGAUGGAGGCAUCCAGUGCUCAGGUCAAUGUUGAAUGA